UCCAUACUAGCAUAGCUCCUUAACAACUCUUGGUUUCUGUAAAUAUUUGUGGCUCCAUCUUUGUCUACCUGGGGAAAUAAAUUGCUUAUAUUGCAGGUUGACCUUGCUCAUCUACUAGCCGCUCGUGACCAAGAAUUGCGUACAAUUUCUGCCGAGAUGAACCAAGUACAAUCUGAACUAAAGCUUGCAAGGUCCUUGAUUGCUGAAAGGGACUCGGAGAUCCAAUGUGUCCGCACGACUAACAAUCAGUAUGUAGAAGAGAAUGAAAGACUCAGAGCUAUUUUAGGAGAAUGGAGCACCCGAGCUGCCAAGCUUGAGCGAGCAUUGGAGGCCGAGCGGAUGUCAAAUAUUGAAUUGCAAAGAAAGAUUCCAACAGUAAGAAGUCAAACACAUAUGUCGGUAGAAGCAACUGAUCAAGGAGCAUAAUUCACUAACCAGGUAAAUGGACAGAACCAGCGCUGUUGUGUGAAGAUCCAAUGUACCUUGUUCAUGUAGAGCAUUUCACCUUGUUCUCACUUUUAU